AUGAUGACAAACCUGCAAAAAAGAAAAAGAAAUCAACUGAAAAUAAUCUUGUUAAACAAGAGGUUGUUUAAUUUGACUCCACCUCUCACACCUUUAAAUAUCGACGCCCUAAAUUUUGGGUCAACGAUAUUUAGGUUGUCGAUAUUGGGGUCAUCUUCAUCUGCAAGCCCUACAAAAAAGAAAAAGAAGGCUGAAGAAGAGGUGGAAGUUUGGAAGUGGUGGGAAGAACAAUCACCUGAACAAUCAGAUGGAACAAUUAAAUGGAGAACUUUAGAGCAUAAAGGGCCAAUGUUUGCACCAGAAUAUGUUCCUUUACCUAAAAACAUUAAAUUCAAAUAUAAUGGAAAGCCAAUGGAUCUAUCCCCGUCUGCUGAAGAAGUUGCCACUUUUUAUGCUAAGAUGCUUGAUCAUGACUAUACUUCAAAGCCUAUUUUUAAUCAAAACUUUUUUAAGGAUUGGAGAAAGGUUUUUUCAUUUAAAAAAUUUUCUAAAAAUUGA